AUGCCUAAGGCACAGUCCAAUGGAGUGUCCAGGCAAAACUUUGCCUCCAAGAAACAUCAAGGAGCAAGCUUUAAGGGCUGUUUUUCCAUUUUGUCCGUGGCAUUUGUUGGUUUUAUCUGUGGUGUAUUCUUGGUGAACUGGUGCAAAGUAAGUGUCAUGUCCAAUUGUGCCAAACACGGUUCAUGUUGCAAAGAAAUUAGACUUAUUCCGGGAGAGGCAGGUGCAGAGGAAUCACAGGCGGAUGAUAACGAUAAAGAAGCAAAGGCAGAUGGUAGAGAUAAUUUUAUUUUUGUAGGAAUUAUGACCGCUAAAAAAUUUAUUGAUAACCGUGGAUUAGCUUCACAUAGGACUUGGGCAAGCAAUAUCAAUGGAAAAGUAAUGUUCUUCUCCAGCGAAGGUUCUACGUCGAGUUUUGGGGUUCCAGUAGUGGCUUUACCGGGUGUUGACGACCACUAUCCUCCCCAGAAAAAGUCUUUUAUGAUGCUAAAGUACAUGUAUGACCACUUUUUGGAUAAAUAUGAAUGGUUUAUGCGAGCAGAUGAUGAUGUUUUCAUAAAAGGAGAUAAAUUAGACGACUUUCUCCGUGGAAUUAACAGCUCCCAGCCUCUUUUUAUCGGCCAGGCUGGGACAGGGAAGGCAGAUGAGUUGGGAAAAUUAGCGCUGUCCGCCCAUGAAAACUUUUGCAUGGGAGGACCAGGCAUGAUAUUUAGUCGUGAGACAUUAAGAAGGAUGGCACCACACAUAAGCUACUGUUUACGCAACUUGUACACCUCCCAUGAGGAUGUUGAGAUUGGUCGGUGUGUGCGCAAGUUUGCUGGAAUUCAGUGUACGUGGUCCUAUGAG